AUGGCGGUUGGAAAGUCCAAUACUCCUCAGCAUGUCUCCAUGCCAGUGGUAUCUGAGCUGCCAGAAACCGAAGUCUCCCGUUCCGUACUCCUGGAACCAUACCAUGUCAAUUUACUCCCGGAAUAUGGAUAUGUAAGCCGCGAAUACAUGAUUAGCAGUACUGCGGCCGGGGAGUCAUAUUGCACACGUCUGCUCCUUCGGUGCCCCGCCGACGAGAACAACUUCUCCGGCUUUGUCGUUGAAGAGCCCUCGCAUCUCUGGGGAGGCACAAGUAUAUGGCGCCAUAUCAACAGAUGGCUAAUGCGUAAUGGUCACGCCUGGCUAGAGGUGGAUUCCCAGGCUCCAUCAGCCCUUGGCAAGAUUAAAGCCGUCGAUCCUGAGAGAUACAAGGAUAUGCACUUUAUUCCAGGACCCCUUUCUGAUGAAUUUGCUGACAAUAUUCCAUUCGUAACCAAUGUUACGAAGGAGUCCCUUCGAGAUGCGUAUGCCUCUUUCAAGGCUAAAUGGUGGCCGGCUACAUUACAGUCUCCAGAGAUUCUCUGCGCAGCAUCUCACGCUCUUCGAUCUGGUCAGCUAGGACUCAAGGCCGAUAAAGUCAUUCUCAGCGGGCUGUCUCAGACAGGGGGAGUCACACGUCGAUUCAUUUCCCAGUCUUCAAGCUUGAGGCUCCCCGAUGGGUCGCUGCCCUUUGAAGGGUUUAUUCCCUGCCAAUCCGGGGGUCCUGCCCUCCCUGAUACGCCAGGGGUCAAGAUUAUUGAGCUCUUGGGCGAAUCGGAAUUCCAAUCUGUCCGGCUACCAUGCGGAGUGAGCGGCCAAAUGUAUGAGACUUCUCACCGACGGCCAGACAGCGAGGGAUUCCGACUCUAUGAAGUGGCAGGCAUGGCUCAUCGCGAGAGUAGGUACGCCUCUGCCAUCGACAUAGAGAGACUUUCUGCCGCCGAUCUACGCGGUGCCAAAUGGAGCUCGUUUGCAAACUCAUUCAUCUAUCACGCUGUCUUCCAAGCAAUGGAGAAAUGGGUCAGAGGGCUCGCCCUUCCGCCUACCAGCAGGAUGCUCACAACUGUUGGUGAUACGGAUGAGAUCAUUCGCGAUAGUCAUGGAAAUGCCCUUGCCGGUGUACGCACUUUACACACGGACGCUCCUCUGUCAAGGUUGGUUGCCGCCACACCCAAGGGGCGACCGAAUUGGUAUUGCGGGUCCGAAUGGCCAUUUAGCAACGAGCAGCUGCUGGAGGUUUAUGGGUCUGUCUCUGAUUAUCGUCGUAUCGCCGGGGAGGCCCUCCGAAGGCAGAUCCAAGAUGGUUUCCUUCUCCUAGCAGAUGCUGAAACCCUGCGUCGCGAGACGGUGGAAAGAGUCAACUUUUGA